GUCAACAAUGGUGGAGACUUCAAAUUACACAGAUCACGCUUCACACUACUGAAUCGGGACUGAAGGAGAACUUCGCCUUGUAGCAGAGUUGGAAGGACAAUUAUUAGUUGCUGCAACUUUUAAAGAAUACGUGUGUUUCAAAUUAAAGUGUUCAGCUAUUAGCCCGAUGGUCAGCUAUGGAUGAAGACGACAGCCAGGGUGAGCUGAUCAACAAGAAUACAUCCCAUGGCAAAGGGAAGAGGGCUGCUAUGUGGGCCAUCUCAGAUGACUCAGAUGAUGUAGAGGAUGGCUCAGACGAGGGAGAUUCCAACAGUGAUGAAGAAGAGGAGGAUCACCUUGAUGGAGAGGAAGAUGAUGAGGGGGAAGAAGAAGAGAAUGAGGAAAGUGACAGUGAUGAUGAAGAGGAAGAAGAGGAUAAUGCCCUGGAAGGAGCGGUGGGAAGAGACUGUGCUGAUCUUGCAGAGCUGAGUUCAGAUGAGGACACAGAGAAAUGUCCCAUUUGCCUGAACGCCUUCAUCAGCCAGCCAGUGGCCACACCAGAGAGCUGUGAGCACUACUUCUGUCUGGACUGCAUCCUCGAGUGGUCCAAGAAUGCAAACUCCUGUCCUGUAGACCGUAAGGUCUUCAGCAACAUUUACCUAAGGAAGUGUCAUGGAGGCAAAGUGCAGAAAAUGAUCACAGUGCAGAAGCCUUUGAAGGAAGGUCAAGAGGAUGGAGUAGAUUUGGACCUAGAUCAGACCAGCUGUGAGGUGUGUGGGGGCAGUGACCGUGAGGACCGCCUCCUGCUCUGUGAUGGCUGUGAUGCUGGCUACCAUAUGGAAUGUCUUACGCCCCCUUUGGAUGCUGUUCCUGUCGAAGAAUGGUUCUGCCCUGAGUGUGAAGCCAACAACCACCUUUCAAGAGGCUCAGGGGAGGAGAUAAGUGAGGUCGAGAGCCUGUCCUCCAGCUCCCGGCCCACCACUAGCCGUUCACGAUCCUCCCCAGCAGGACCCACCCGUGCCAUUGCACGGACUCAGCAGAGUGAGAGGGUUCGCGCCAGUGUCAACCGCCAUCGCAUCACACAGGCACGCACAGCACAGGUUUGGCAUGAGCUGGCUCCCAGGUACCUGAUGCAGUCUACAUGGCUUGAUGAAACCAUUAACGCGGUAGUGGCGGGGCUCAACAGCGCUGUGUACAUACGUGACCUCACACCUCGAGCUGCAUCCAGCCACCGGCGCAGGAAGGUAAGGCGCAGAAAAGGCAAAAAAAGUAAAGUUUCCUCAACUAAAGGUGAAAAAAGCAAAGCAGCAAGUACAGGGGUCAAGAGGCGGAAACGUAAAGUGAGGAAAACAAAAUCCAGAAAGAGACUGGUGGGGAAAAAGCAGCCGACACCCCGUGACCGUAUUGCACGUAAUCUUCGGAUUGCAAAACCCAAGAAGGGUUCAUCUCUCCCCACAGUUUACCGGCCCUCAGAGCAAACUCUUGGCAACAUGCGUGUUGACAUCGGCGCUGCCUCGCUAUCUGUCUAUGGAGAUCCAUUUGACCUGGAUCCAUUUGUUGAUGGUGAGGAGGAUGAGCAUCAGACCCAGGUCACAUCACUACUGGAGGCCAAGAGACGAGGUAUCUCACACUCUGCCCUUCGCUCCCAUCAGCCUGUCGCUCAGCCAAUCACUGCUGGCCUCUCCAGGAGAGUUAUGGGCCUUCCCCAGUCAGGGGGCGUUGUGGAGGCAGCACCUGUGCCUGACCUCUUGGGCAGUAUCCUGUCAGGACAGAGCAUGCUCCUCAUGGACAGCUCUGAUGUGGUCAUCAAUAGAGACGGCUCCCUUAAGGCUAUAAAGCCGAUAAGUUUAUCACCCACAGUGAAGCCAAGCAGCAGCACAGGAGAAGCCAGCACUCAGGUCAACCCAGGGAUUUCACCUAACCCUCAAGCCAGCUCUUUAGCUCUCCAAGCUAACAGAGACCUACUAGGAUCCUCUUGCGAACCCCUCAACAGAUCCUCCUCCUCCCAGAGUUCUCACCACUUGUUCCCAAUAACUCCUUCAGCACUUUCACCAUCCCAGGUCCACCACACCCAUACAGCUACCCAUUCCCAUGCACUACACCAUGGUCAUCCUCGCUUGCAGCCCCUUAUCCCCCACAGACCCAGCUCCUCUCCUGGACUCAGCCAUAGGGGGACCAAUGGACUUGGAUCCGACAUAGGGAUUGCCUCCUCUUCUAUCCACCCAGCCCAAGACAUGCGCUCCUGGAGUAAAGAGAUAGGAUCACCCCGAUCUAUAAAGGCACCUGUAAAGCCUGUUUGGGUGGAUGUGUCAGUGCUACCUAGGAUACCAAAAAUUAAACAAGAGAGUAGAGGUGAUGGCAACAGUCAAGAUGGAAUUCAUAGAAGCAGCAGCAGUAGUAGUAAAAGUAGUAGCAGUAAUAAGGGAAGUGGCAAAAAUGCUACUGUUAGUGAUGGUGGCAAUAGUAAUGGCAUGCCUGAAAUUGGAAUGCACAGCCUGGCUGGGGACCAGAGUAGGCAACAAAGUGUGGACCAGAAGCAGGACAGGCCUGAAAGUCAGGGCCAGAGACACGGGCCGGACAGAGCAGGUCCAUCAUCAGCCUUUUCCAACUCAUUUUCCUCUUCUUCAUCCUGUUCCUCCUCUGGCUCUCCAGCACCCCAUCCAUGCCUUUCCUCAUCCUCAUCAAUGUCCUCAACAACUGUGAGCUUCCGCAUUAACUCCAGUGGAAACUCAUGGCACACACGGAGACUGAGCAAUGCUUCAUCCAGAAUUGGUGAAGGCAGCACACAGCAAAGUUGGAGUUCAGAGGACGAGGAGGGAAGAAAGAGACAGCAGCGUAGGGAUAAACAGAUGUUGCUGGCCUCAUGUACCCUGGUUAAAAAGGAGAAGGGAGACAGUGGUGUCUAUGAUCCAUUUCAACCAACUCUGUCGGAUUCCAGCAGCUUGGACAGUGAAGAAGAGAGCCAAGCUCUGGAGAGCAACUCUCAGGAUGCUGCAGCUGAGGAGGAGACUUCUGGUCUAGGAAGCAGUGAAGGUUUAGGGCAAGGAGGGCAGAGUUUAGUUCCAGUCAAAGCUGAGACACUGGCUAUUAAGACCUCUCAGGAGAAAUCAUGGAGGGAUGAGGCUUUUGAGAAUGUGUUCCAAGAAGAUCAAGGAUUUGAACACGUUAAGGUUGAGAGAGAAUUAGGUAUAGCUGAGGUCAAGGUUGAGCAGGAAACAGUGAUAGCUGACACUCAAGUGGAGAAAGAACCAGGGUUUGUCUUCAAAAAGGAAGUUGAAAGGGCUGGUGUUAGUCUAGUAAAGUAUGAGACAACAGAUCCAACACCCCGUCCGCCUCUCAGCCUGGUGCCUUUAAAGACUGAGAGAGAGAACCCACAGGAAGAGGGUAGGCAGAAUGUCCAAACCUCUAACAGUAUCCCUUCUAUCCAGAAGUCUGAUUUGUCAUCAACUUGUACAGUUUCGAGAAAGAAGAAACAAAAGACAGAGAUUAAGUCUGAGCCCAAGGAUAGUCCUGACAGGCCCAAGUACCGCUCCCGCUCCUGCUCCCGUUCCCGGUCUUCCAGCCAUGGUGAGAAAACUCCUAAAGGAGGUGGUCCAUCGAAAGACCGUCGUUCUGGCUCUAGCAGCUCGGAGACUAUUAGGAGAAGAGUGGACCAGCAUGGCUCAAGCCACAGAGACAGGAGGCGAAAAAAGGAUGAGGAAAGAGAAAGGAGCUCUAGAAGAUCAAGGUCCAAAGAAAGGAGGCGGGCACGUUCUCCAUCAGAGAGCUCCCGGUCUGACAGGUCUGAUAGGUCACACAGGAAGAGGUAUUCACGGUCACGGUCCAGAGACAGGAGACGAUCCAGGUCUCCAUCCAGCUCUAGCAGCAGAGAGCGGUCGAGGCGGAAGAAGCAUAUGCGAGAGAGCAGGGAGAGGAACAAUCGCAGAGGGAGAGACCGAGACAGAGGACGGGCUUCCAGUUAUAAGAGGCAUGGUCGAUCUCGCUCAAAGUCAAAAUCAUGGUCCAGGUCUAGAUCUCGAUCGAGGGAGAGGAGGAAAGAUUACACACGAUCACAGCCGUCAUCUUCCGGCUCCAGAGACAGGUUCGAGUCACGAUCAAAAGACAAAAAGAGACCUAGGUCUAGAUCUUACUCCAGAGAAAGAAGGAAAGAAGAGGGAUCAUCCAAGAGUUCACAAAAAGCAUCAGGCUCUUCUUCGUCUUCAAAAGAGCCAAAGGAUUCAAAAGACAAGAAAAAGGAGAAAGGUCAUUCACAAAGCGCUGUUAAAGGAAAUAAAGAUGACAGAGAUAAAAAGCCAGAGAUCCCAUCCUCUACCUCGGUCUCUGAGGGUAAAAAAGAAACAAAACACCUCAGUGCAGACUGCCAGGUUUCAACAGAGAAAAUGGUUGAAAAGCCAGAGGUUCUCAAAGAAAUCAAAAAAGAGAAACUCCCCUAUCUUGACAUGUUUGAGGACACUGCAAGUAUCAACUCAGUCAAGAAACAAGAAACUGAAAUUGAACAGCCUUCUCCCAGUAUAGUCAAAGGCAUAUAUGAAGAGAAGGAAAUCAAAACGGAACAAACUGAACCCAUAAAAAUUGAGACUUAUGACUUCUCGCAUACAGCACCAUCAGAAAUGAUGAAGAUUAAACCUGAGCCCCAUUUGCUAGAGUUGCCUCAUCACUUGAUCCCUGAUAUCCCCUCAUCCUCCACAGAGAUCACUCUUGACACAUCUUCUACACCUGCUGUUGCAGCAGGCAGUCCUCAAGACAUGACUGCUCAGCAUCCACCAGUAUCACCGGCACCCACAGAGCAUGAAAGCACCAUUUUGUUGGCAGCCACUGUAAAGCAGGAGGCUGAUCAGCACCCAGACUCUGAUGAGGAAGACUUCAAUGUUGACAUGAUGCUGGACAACCUUGUCUUUAAGUCUGAGAAGGUAGAGGGAACAGAUGCCAUUGUCAAACAGGAGAAGGAUGAACAUGAGGUAAAGGGUGAGGGAGAGCAGGUGUCUGUCCCAGCAGGUGCCAGAUCCAAAGCCCCUGUAAAGAGGGUUACCUGGAAUAUACAGGAGCCUGAGGGACCUCAGCCAGAGAAAUCUGCAGUCGCGAGUAAGCUGGCUUUGUAUAAACUGAAGCUGAAACAGGAAGGAGCUCGCAGGCCCUCUGCUUCAAUCCAGACGAUCAGUCAGAACAACCAAGCCCUUGUCUGUGACCCAACUAAGAGGGGUAAUGUGACUGCUGGUCCCCUUAAUAACCCCUCCGGCCCUGUUAGCCAACCUCCUGAGGGAUCAGUGAACACUGGGCAAGGAGAGACUAGUGAGGCAGAGGAAGGGGAUGUGUUAAGGAAAGACAAGUAUUUGAAGAAGCUGCAUAUGCAGGAGAGGGCUAUAGAGGAGGUGAAGCUGGCUAUCAAGCCCUUCUACCAGAAGAGAGAUAUCAACAAGGACGAAUAUAAAGAGAUUCUACGCAAGGCUGUCCAGAAGGUUUGCCACAGCAAGAGCGGGGAGAUCAAUCCGGUGAAGGUGGCCAAUCUGGUUAAGGCAUACGUGGACAAAUAUAAGCAUGCCCGGAAACACAAGAAAGGAGAGGACGGAGGAAAGGAACAAGAGGCACAGAAUGAAGGCAUGAAAACCUCUGAGAGUCCAUAAGGAGGCUCCAGAGUAAGAUAAGAACAACAGCACCCAUCCCAAACACUCAGCCACACCGGUCCAGGCCUCACGCACACUUCAUCAUGCUCUGAGAUAAUACCCUGUCUCUGUAGAGCCGUGUUGAUUUUUCAUCACUGUUAUGAAAUUUGUUUGGGGCAUUUCGUUUAUGUAUAAAGUUUUCUAUGUUUUUUUUUUCUGCAAAUUUAGGAAAAUGUCAUUUUUAUUGAUAGUUUAAAGAGCAUCCUACAGUGUCUUUUUGAUCUUGAACUGUCAAUGCCAAACUUCAGUCUUUACUUCGCACAUCUCAGAAACUUAAUAGGAGGUCGUGGGAUUAUGUUUUAAAGAGGCAGAUUUCAAAGCUCCUUCUAUCGAUUAAUAUGUAAAGAAACUAUCUUUACAAGCAUAAUGUCUGGGCAGAUGCAGUGUGGGCUUCUAGUUCUUUAAGGCUGUUGUUUUUGGGGGGAGGGCAAAGGAAUAUUUCUCUGUUGGUUUAGAAAUGGCAUGGAAAAUUUGCUGAGAUUUGCAUAGAUGAGAAGAGUUUGUCAAACUGAGAAAAGACAGUUAUGCAACUUUUGUAGUAAAAUAAUAGAUGAGUUCUAAAAUUUUAGUUUUGGUUGUAAAUAAUAUAGAUUUGAUAUAUCCACUUGUAUUGUCCUUCCAGGUUGAUUAUCUGUUGAGAAUGAAUGGAAUACAUAAGUGAUUCAAGGUCAUUAAUUUGACUUUUUUUAGUUAUUGUUAAAAAACUAAUAAAAGAUCUUAUGUAUGUCUAAUGGGCAAAGGUUAAGACUUUACAUAACAUUACAUGGUGUAAUACAUACCACUUUUUGCACUGGAAAGCUAUAUUGUGGUAGCCUGAUGAUUAAGCAUCCAUUCUGAAUAUCGAAAAAAUGUUAGCAUGCAAGACAAAUGGUUGGGCUUUAGUAUACUAUUGCUUAUUUCAGUUCAGAAAAGUGAAUGAAAUAAUUGCUCACCCUCCCAAAGUAAUAUACACUUCCCUUUGUAUUUGUAAAACAUAUUCUCAAGAGAUUCUUGAAAUUCACCAUCCCCCUUUUUAAUCAGAUUUUUAUCUGGAUCUCAAUACGAAUUUAAAGAUACAGUAACUGAGCAUUGCAAUUGUCUUUGAAAAAAGUACAUUUCUUAUACUUCAGGAUCAAGCAUGGACAAGUAAACCCAAUCCAAAAUAUCACGUAGUAGUUGACGCUUCAGUCCGAAAGGGGAAUGUAAUUCCAGGGGAGUGGGUUCACAGUCAGACGAGGGCAGGCGACUUGUUGGCAUUUGAGCCGACACCGCCUUGCAAUUUGCAGACCUAUGACAGCAUUACUGCAUUUAAUUGGUUGAAUAUUUGUGUUUAUCGGUGCCCCAAAACAACUUGUUUCUCCCGUUUUACAGUUUGCAAUAGCCAGAAAAUCAGAGAGCCAAUUGGUGCCACGUGGUGAAAAUAUCCAUCCGUCCGGAAAUCGAGUGCACUCAGUCUUCAAUCAAACUUCUCUCACCGAGCUACAAACAUAGCGUCAAAUAAAUCAAAUUUAUAUUUUAUUUGUGUAAACACCUAGUGCAGCUCAAACCUAUUGAAAACAACGUCAUAUUCUUGAAAGAGAGAGUCGGUCUUCGCUUCAGUUACCGCCCAUUCUUGGACGCCCGGAGCAGGACAGUCAUUCCCGUGUGCUCCGGGUGAAAACAGCUGAGCCCAGCGGUGACAGAGCGCUUUCAAAUAUUAACGUACCUCUGUCGCUAUAACUUCACAAAUGACGAGCACCAAACUCUAAACGAUGUUCAUUUCUUAUCUAGCGGAUUUGUUCAUGAGAAUAGAAGCGAUCGAAUUAAUUGUAGGGUUUCUACCCAAGGCUCGACCACGGCAACCGCUCCUCACCUCAAACUGGGGCUUUCAGGUCCAAAAUCUAGGACCUUUCUGACCUUGGGAUUGAUAAAGGUGGUUGAAAGGUGUAUAAUUGGAUUUUUUUUCCCAUAAUAAAUUAUUCAACUUUAGGUUUUCCUGCGCCCAACAUGGUGCUAGAGAAUGGUCCAGAGAAUAAGUAUUAUAACAAAUUGUAUUUCCAAUCGUAUUAAAUGUGCAAUAACUACACUAGACUGAACUAAGUCUUGGCCAAACUAACUCUUAUACAUGAUAAUUUCUAUACUGGGUUUAUUCAAUAUUAGUUCAUGUUAUGGAAUGCAUUCAUGUUGUGUUAGUUUCAUAGGCACAUACAGGAAGAUACAUUAUUGUUUUAGGAAAUAGACAGUGUGAGAAGAAAUACAUGCCUUUAUUUUGGGACAUUGUAGUAAUUCUACUAGCUCCAUGCAUCAAGUCUGUGAUAUUCCUUUGUUCCAAUUGUGACUAUUGUGUCUUCAAGUUGAAUCUCACUGGCCCCUCCUAUGCCUAAGCUCAACAAAGAUGUUUGGACAAACCCUCAUCUCUGCGCAUUCAUUUCUUUGUGUCCAUAGCAUAUGUGCCUACAGCAGAAAAUGGGAAGGGCUUGGUUGGACUCACCUUGUACUUUGGCCCAAUAAUUUAUAGGGCUUCAUUUCAGUAGCAGUGUGUAGGAGCAUAAGAGUUUGAAAAUAGGUGCUCACAUACAUUUGAAUGUAUUUCAUUGUUUGUUCUGUACGUUCUGUACUAUAUUGUUUUUCCUCGUGUACAUAAUCAAAUUCUGCAGGUGUUUUAAAGAGCAAACAAAAUGCUGAUAGUUUAGAUAUCUUUGAGUUCCAGUUUAAGUUUGCUCAUGUUCUUUCCUCUUAAUGGGCUAUUUCUUUUUAAUAGCAGGGCACCUGAAACCAUUAACAGUUCAUUUCAUUAAUUGGUAACACUUCUACAAAGAGACUCCGUUUAGUUCAUGUUUUAUGAGUGUCUUCGUAAUAAGCCAUUGAUUCAUCCACUGCUGGAGUUUUUCUUUGUCACAACUUCAUCUUGCUGGUAUUACAGUUUUAAACUGAGCCACAGUAAACUCCCAGUGCAGGCUCUGUUUGAAUAAUUUGUAAAUAAUUUUUAUUUCCCAGGCCAGCAUUUUAAUAAAAAUCAAAGAUCUUUGUAUUUUUUUUCCCUUUCUGAAUUAUUAGAAGAUAAAACUGGAGUUGUGAAUGUUAUUCAAAACAAGCAACUUGCAACGCUUCCUUAUUGGGUCAGCUGAGCCCAAUAAGGAAGAAUCCUCCACGGAGUUAUUGUGUUUACCUGGCCGACCAUUGGACCUCCAAGGGCGUUUCACUGAUGUCAGCUUUGUUCAGUUAACAAAGCCCAGAUGCUUUUAAUAUCUCCCUCUGAAUAUCGUGUUAACAUGGCUUUAUCCAUGUGGUGUUCUGUGCAUUUGAAAACAGUGACCAUGUAACCCGCCAAACCUUUAUCCAUGUUAAGACAGCAAUUGACAAAAAGGACCUGCUGCAGUCAUUGGACUUUACCAUACUCGAAAGACAGCUUUAAGGAUCAUUGCCAAGGCACUGUUAAGAUACCAUCAGGCUGGAAU